CGGGGCGUGGGCGGCGGCGGCGCGGGGCCGGGGGGAGCCGCGGGGCCGGGAGCGGGGUAGGCUGCGCCCGUACUUAAGCGCGCUGCCCGAGCCGCUGACGUCUUUCGAAUUGGAGCCGGGCUGCCCCCCUCCCGCCCCGGGCUCCCGCGGACACGGCCGGGGACGGAGCCAAGGUACGAGUGUCUGUCUAGAAUGUCCAGGCAUGCAAAAAAGCUUAGAGAUCACGAUAUAAAUCCAUGUCUAGUGGAAACAGAUGCCACUACAAAAUGUAUGGAUGACAACAACUAUAAGAAGGAUAUGUGUACUGAUUAUUUUUUGAAGUACAAAAACUGCAGAAAAUUCUGGCAUGGAAUUAUGAUGCAAAGGAAGAGAAGUGGUGUAAAACCAGAGAUGCCUUCAGCAGAAGAAAGAAAGAAAAUUUUGGAAACAAUGGGGAAGCCCUACUGACUAGAAACCUGAGUUGAUUGACUGUUUUCACUGUACUUGUGAAGACUUAGCAGCAGCAAGUUACCGUUCUAUGGACUGGAUUUUACAGUUGCCGUAUCUUGGAUUAAAAUAAGAUGUUAAAUUUUGAAAUGUGUGAGCCUUCUAGGAUAGAACUCUUCCUGGGUUUAUUCAUACUUCCUGUCAUUGGGAACUUGGCCUCUUUAUUGGAAGAUGUGGGCAUCAAUGCAACUUGUGUAGAAAGUUUUGGAAGUAGAAACUACCUUGCUGUGAAAUGCUAAGUAUAAAAUUAAUGGGACUUGCAGAAAGAUGGGGUUGGUGAGCAUUGCAGUGUGGUUCUAAGACUGGAGCAGGUUUAGAAACUGGUACAUGCAGCAUGUUUUUUGCAUUCAGCUGUUCUGCUCAAUAGUAUGGAUUUACCAUGUGUGAUUUUAUUGCUGUUUUCACGUGUUGUAUUCUGUGUUCCCAGAUUAAAUAAGACUCUUCAUGAACUAAAA